AUGGACGAAGCCGUUCUCGUGGCACCCUUGCACUGGCAGUGCAAAUCAAAUCGCCGUCAGCAAGGACGCAUCUAUCCAUCUGCCCAUCUGCCCAUCUCCUCCGACGUGCAGCCCAUGACAAACGUCGCCGCACGCAAUGCUGAGCUUUGCACCAUCCUGCUCCGGAACAUGGCAGCCCUCACUAGAACCGUCCCGCCCGUCAUCAUGUCAAAUCACGCCAGUUCCCUCUUCGGCUGA